ACCUCCCCUUCACUGUUUCUCUCUACCCUCUCCUUGGUCAUUUCAGGCUAGUCCUCCCUUUGAAGACACGACCCGGCGUCUUUCAACUACAUCCUAUCUUUACCGUUCCACUCAUUCGACACCACUUUACAACAAUGAAGACCGCAUCCAUUUUCCUCCUCGGUGCCCUCGUCGCUUCGGCAGCAGCGCGGCCCGCACACCACGGUCACCAGGGCAAGGGCUCCAAGUCGAGCUCGGCUGUGCCCAGCGCUUCGUCGAGCGCUGUCGUGAGCGCCGCCUCCGGUGCUGCUUCGAGCGCGGCGGUUAGCGCUACCUCCAGCGCUGCUGCUGCCGCCUCGUCCGCCGCCGCCCCUCCCGCAAACAACGCUGCCGCUGUCACCGGUGCCGGAGGCCUGCAAGCCGCCACCACCCUCGACCCCUCCGUCGUUUGCACGAGUUUCACCAACGAUGGACAGAACCCUCCGGUUGCUGGCCAAACUGCGUCUUUGACCACUACCAACAACUUCAUCAACUUCUGUGCCCUCACCCUCCCAGGAACCCCCCUCACGAACGGUCUCCAGGUCACGACUGGAUCUUGCAACCCUGCACCAAUGGGUCUGAUUCCCUCCGUGGACAACAUGCCCUCUGCCAAGUUCGUCUUCCCCAAGAACAACGGCUCUGUGCAGGCCAACACGGCGUUCACGGCCCAGCUCGCCGUCCACAACUUCCAGACCGGUGUCUUCACCAACGCGCAGAAGACGUACUUCUCGUCCCCCCAGCGCCUGAACACGGCUGGCCAGAUCAUCGGACACACUCACAUCGUCAUCGAGGCCCUCACCGCGAUUGACCAGACUGAGCCGACCGACCCGACCAAGUUCGUCUUCUUCAAGGGUGUCGACAACCCCGAUGUGGGUGGCAUUGCGUCUGCCGCUGUCACCGCUGGUGUCCCCGCCGGCUCCUACCGCGUGUGCUCGAUCAACAGCUCGUCCAACCACCAGCCUGUGCUCGGCCCCGUUGCCCAGCACGGCUCGUUCGAUGACUGCUCCUACUUCACUGCUGCUUAAAUUGUCGAAUGCUUUUGAUAGCGUAUGUAUCACGUCUUCGCUGUACUCUGCUAGCUAGAGUCCUUUUUCAUGAAAUGCAUUCUCUGGAGAGACAUAGAGAGACAUCGUGAGGCGGUGCAGGAUCUGCCCAGUCGCAUCAUGUGAGCGCACGCACAAUUAUCGACAAGUUUGUCGAAAACCACGCUGGUUCCUGCGAUGGCAUGCCCGUCCUGCCGUCGCCGGGGAAUCUCUUUCCUCUUCUCAAGGCCCGAAAGCGCCCAGGCGAUGAAGAGGUGGUUUUGCGUGUCAGAGAUACAUGGUGUGGCGUGUUUUGGGACCGUGUUCCAGGACAGAGGACGACACCAGAUAUACUGUUCCCUGCUGUUGUAGUUAGACAUCCUAUGUUUUUUCUAUCCUCUGUUCCAUCGGUGCUGUCCUACAUCUCUUCUUGGUGUCCGGAAAGAGUGGCAGUGCCUGAUCUUUCUGGAGUAUCUCUUGCUUUCCUCAUACGCAGUCGCAUCAGCUUCGACUUUUGGAAGCCGAUCCUUGCAAAUGGACAAUCGCAGAAGCGAUUCUUUUUGACAAAAUCACAUUCACAUCCUACAUUCAUUUCAAUUUUAAUCGUCUGGUCAAAGUCUAGGUCGUGUUCCAGGUACAGAUCGUAGUGGUCAUAUUGCAAUAUGAAUUGAAAGACGGCCUAUUCACUUCCACCAUGGCAUCCACCCAUGUCGCCAUAAUCGGCGCCGGCCUCGGCGGCCUCACCCUCGCGCGCAUCCUGCAGGUGCGCAACCCCACCCACCUCACCUUCACGCUCUACGAGGCGGACGCAGACGCAGCCGCCCGCGCCUCCGCCGGCGGCUCGCUCGACCUCAAGUACGAGAGCGGGCAGCGCGCGAUGAAGGACGCCGGGCUGCACGCCGCGUUCCUCGCGCUCUGCCGCCCCGUCGGGGACCAGAUGCGCGUGCUCGAUCGCGCGGGGCGGGUGCUGCUCGACGAGGCGGGCCCCGGGGCGGAGUACUACAACCCCGAGAUCGACCGCGCGCAGCUGCGCGCGCUGGUCCUCGACUCACUGCUCCCCGGGACGGUCCGAUGGGGCCACAAGGCAGUCGCGGUGCGGCGGAACGCGGGGGCGGAGGGCAAGUACGCGAUCGAGUUCGCGGACGGCAGCGUCACGGAAGGUGUCGACAUCGUCGUGGGGGCCGACGGCGCGUGGUCGCGUGUGCGCACGCUCGUGUGGCCCGGCGCGGAGCCCGUCUACAGCGGCAUCACGUUCCUCGAGACGAAGAUCGACGUGCGCAAGCACGCGCAGCUGCAGCCGCUGGUUGGCGGGGGCGCGCUGUUUGCGCUUUCGCAGGGCAAGGGUCUGAUCGCACAGCACAACUCGAACGGCGUGCUGAUGCUCUACUCUGCGCUGCGUGUCCCGGAGGAGUGGUCCAGGACAUCUGCUGUUGCGUUGGCGGACGGCGACGCGGCGAAACUCGAAUUGAUGUUGCAGGAGUUUGCGGGCUGGGAAGAGUCGUUGCGCGAGCUGGUUCGGGUUGGGACUGAUGCGACGAUGCGACCCAUCUAUGCGUUGCCCACUGACUCGGUACCUCGCCCUCGCGGAGAGAUAAACAACAUCGUUCUCUUGGGCGAUGCCGCUCAUCUGAUGAGUCCAUUCGCUGGAGAGGGCGUCAACCUGGCCAUGGCGGACGCGGCUGAUCUGGCCAAAGCGCUGAUGGAGCACAAGCCUGGAAUGACUGACCUUGGGGGUCCGCUCGGCGGUUAUGAGAGGACUAUGCGCACCCGAGGAAACUCCGCCGGCAAAGAGUCUGCGGCCAAUCUGGAGAUAUUCUUCGGAGAGAAUGCCGCAGCUGAUGUGGCAAAAUUGUUCAAAAGUUUCAUACCGGACAGCAUGAAGGGAGUGGCCAACUCUUUGGUCAAGUCGUACUUUUACUUGCGGUCUCUGUUCGAUUGAGUGCGUUCAGAGUUAUUAUAAAACACGUUGAUAAUGUAUUAUCAAAACCGUUUUCUCCUCA